AUGACCAGAGCGGUGCAAGAUUGGAACGCGCAAGCCGGUAAAGUCACUAAUCUGAGAGAUCCUACCGACAUGAGUGACGCGGUGACCGUGAAUUACCUAGUGAGAGUGACCGGAUAUGAAAACGAGGAGACGCUGAAGCUGAUGGACACACCCAGAUGCGGUAACUCGGACGAAGGCAUAGCCCCGUUUUCCGUGAACCCAUUAGUUAAAUGGAACUCAACUCGGGUCACGUGGAACAUGAUUGGCUCAGGCAGCCAGUAUGCUAACAUCGUUGAGAGAGCGUUUUCUUUGUACUCCAAACACUCUGCUCUCGAAUUCAGUAGAAGUUACAGUAAUCCCACUAUAAUGGUAGUGAUUUCCCCUAAGAAACACGUGGCGUACUACCUUAAAAGCACUUGCAGUUACGAUUUUGACGGUCCAGGCGGCGUUCUCGGCCACGCCUUUCUCCCUCGACCGUGGCUGAACCAAUCGGAUAUACACCUUGAUUUCGAAGAGGACUGGGACUUUACAAUGAAUAUACCCGCACCGGAGAAGACUUCGUUCUUUACAGUGAUGGUCCACGAAAUAGGCCAUGCUCUCGGUCUUCAGCAUUCGUCUGUGUUACGAUCCGUAAUGUUUCCGUCCUAUUACCCGCCAUCGGGUAUCAACAACUUGUACGAAUUUGAUUUGGACAGAGACGAUCAGCUUGCAAUUCAGGUUUUGUACGGACCGCCUGUCCCCUCCUCCUCCUCCUCCACGUCCACAACAUCAUCCACUACAACAUCCACUACUACUACGACAACAACAACAUCGACUACCACUAGGCCUACCACGCCUACACCUACAGAAUUGGACAUUUGCACCAUAAUAAAUCGUGCUGUUGACGCUUUACCAGUUGAGUUGCACCUCCCCGGGGGUUUUCGGUACUGUGAGCCCGGCACCCGAUUGUCUGAGAGACUUGCACGUGGCGAGAAGGGUAUUAAUAAGUUGGACGAAUUUUGUAGAAUCCACGAUAUAGCGUACUCGAAAUACACGGAUUUGGAACACCGGCAAGAGGCCGACAAAGAAUUGGCCAAAAGAGCUUGGCAGAGGGUGAAAUCAGGAGACGCUAGUUAUAUAAGGGGCACUAUGGAAGGUACGGUCAUGCGAGACCGAGACCGAGACCAUGGAGGACCCAUCAACGGCUAUGGACCUGGAGCCUACGAGGAUCCCUAG